AUGAUGAUUCCUCUCCUUCGUCUCCCUCAUCUUAUUUUGAAGCCUAUUCUUCAUUCAUUGAGUUUAUGUGAUUUAACCAGUUUAUCCGCAUGCAGCAAAAAAACACGUAUUGUAAUAAAGAUGUUAAUCAAAUUACCAUCUCCACACGAGCUGAUGCAAAACAGAAGUAUUGAAUAUUGUCCGAUGGAUUUUCUUUGCUACCUGCGUCUCGACAUGUCAAGCUCUGAAUUCCAUCAACAAGUGUCCUAUUCCAUCAGAAUCGACUGGGGUGGAAUACAUCUCUUGAUCACUUUGCGUAGAAUUGAUUCAUGCGAGAUUAAGUUCUAUUUUCAUAUCAGAUCAAUCAAUAACACGUGGAAUCAUGUAAUAGACAAUCGAAGAUGGAAGAAGGAUGUGAAAUCUGGUAUUCUGGAGAUCAGUGGGGUGUCACUGCCGAUUAGUUAUCGUUCGAAAUUUAAGACAUUCCAAUUGUUUUGGGACUAUGAUUACCAUGGGUUAAUUACCCUAAUUAAGUAUUUCAAGGACACUUUCGCACUGGAAAUCGAUGAAUUAUUGAUUUUUCUGAAAGAUUAUAGUGAUCUACCAGGCAUCAAACUUCUGAUAGACUCACUUGCCAAUGCAACCAUACAAGAAUUAUAUUUGAUAUCUGAUAUUCCAGAUGAGGCCUUUCUAAAAAUGGUACUGCACAAUCUCACUGCCUUAGAGUCCAAUGUACUUGAGCUCAGUGUCAAUGACCAAUUUCAGUUUCGUAAACACUUUAAAUCUGAAAUUUUCAAAGUGGAGAAAGCGAAUUGGUUCACUUUUGGCAACCUGCUUCUCCUUCAAGCUUCUAAAGUCAAAAUAUCAGAUUCACAGUUCACUAAUAGAGAUAUGAAGGAGUAUAUGGACAGAUGGAUGACUGGAGAAUUUGAAAAGUUGAAAACUUUGUCAGUGGAGAUGUGCGAACAGUUUGAUGAGGCAUAUUUUAUGGACCAAUGGUAA